GUUUGGCGCUGCCGCCUCACCGCGAAACCGAGUUGCCCAGCCCCAAGAGAAAACAGCGGCAUCCAAUCUGCUUCUGGAGCGCACGAUCUGGUCCCGCGCGACCCGGCACCAGACAAAGCGCGCCUCAGGGGCUCCUUUGCUGCUCCGUCGAAGCAAUUCCGUUCUUGAUAUAUUUUUCUCGUUCUUUUGUUCUGUUCUUUCCCCUUUCCCCUCUUCUUCCUUCCUGCCGACGAUGGCCGCCUCGCAGGCGUCGGCCGCUGGCGGCGACGGCGGCGGAUUGUCAUCAACGGCGCCCCCGACCUCUGCUCCCGGCGUUCCAUCCUCAUCCUCAUCCACAUCCACAUCCACCGCCUCGGCCUCGGCGCCGGCCGCUGCCGCCGCCGCCGCCGCCGCCACGCCGUCCAAGUCCGGCCCUCCCCAGGCCGAUGCCGCCUCCGCAAUUGCCGUUCGCGACAAGGACGCUCUCAACAAAGUCAUCGUCGAGCGCUUCCAGACGCACGAUUGGAUCCAUUCAGCUGCCCUCAAAGAGGCCCAGAUCCGACUCGAAAAGGACACCAAGGACAUGCUCGCGCGCGCGAGCGACUAUCGCGCAUACAGGGACUACUACGCCAGCUUCCCGGCCAGGCUCUACGGUGAGGGCUACCGCGGUUACGGCAACGGCUACACCGAGAAUGGCGGCACUACCAAAAUUAUCUAUCCGUCACAGAAGCCGCGCCCCGGCAAGCGGACAACGCCCCCCCUGAAGUUCAGCAAGAAGGACAUGAGGAAGCAGGCCGAGCAGCAUGAGGAGCUGGUGCCCGUCCGGAUAGACGUCGACUGGGACAGGAUCAAGCUGCGUGACACUUUUACCUUCAACCUCCACGAGCGCCUCGUGUCCGUCGAGUUCUUUGCCGCCCAGCUCAUCGAGGACAUGGGCCUCAGUCCGACACUCGACAAGCCCGUCUACGACCAGGUGGUACAGCAGAUGCAUGAGCAGCUCAACGAUUUUUACCCCUUCGCCUACGCCGAGGAAGACGCCCUUGACCCCGAGCUUCCGUAUUCCGCUUACAAGAACGACGAGAUGCGCAUCCUCGUCAAACUCAACAUCACCAUUGGCGCUCACACCCUGGUAGAUCAGUUCGAGUGGGAUAUCAACAAUCCAAUGAAUUCCCCCGAGGAUUUCGCCGCCAGCAUGGCCCGCGAUUUAUCGCUCUCGGGCGAGUUCACAACAGCGAUUGCCCACUGCAUCCGCGAGCAGACGCAGCUUUUCACUCGCAGUUUGUACAGCAUCGGCCACCCCUUCGACGGCCGUCCGAUUGAAGACGCCGAUCUUGUGGCCGCAUUCCUCCCCUCGCCCUUACCCUCCGUUUUUAGACCCCAGCAGCAAGCGAAAGAUUACGCCCCAUACCUUUACGAGAACACAGAAGCCGAGCUGGAGAGGACCGAAACCAUGUUUUCGCGUGAGCAGAGGAGGCAAAAGCGGUCCAUCAACCGUCGCGGAGGUCCCCAGCUGCCGGACCUCAAGGAGAGGCAGAGGACAAUCCGGACAUCGAUCGUCUCCUCAGUACUACCCGGUGCCGCCCCUAGUAUCGAAGAGAGUCGCCUGUUCAAGCGGACAGUAGGCAGUGGCCUUGCUGGGAGGGGCAAGCUGGCUGCCCGUGACGGCGACUUGUCCGACUCGGAGGAUAGCGACGAAUCCGCCCCUGAUUCUCCGGCCAUGUCACAGCUCCAAGGCACCGCCAGGACCAGGGGCAUGCGCGGUGCCGCCAGUGCAGCUGCCCAGCGCAUGGCCAACCUCGGGCGGUCCGAGACACCUGAGGCUACCAUACAUCACCACGAGACAAGGACAUCACGCCGCUUCGGCCGCGAAGCAACCCGGGAGCAGACCGAGGAGCCACUACAACAGAUCGUCACCCUCAGAGUGAACCCCGCGAAACUAAGAAAGCUUAUGCGAGACCUCAAGAUGCGACACGCGCCGCCGCCUGGCGCAACACCCACUCUUGCCCACCAACGUGCCCCUAGCUCCGUCGUCCCGGGCUCCAUGGGUCCUCCCGCCACCCCAUCCUCAUCUAGCCAACCACCCCCGCCCAAACCAUCGAACACCGUCUCGUCUCUUCAAGGCCAACUUGGCCGCGUUCCGGCCCCUCCACCCGAGCCAAACGGAAGCGCGCCCAACGUGCCGCCGCCCCCGCCGCCGGAAUGGCUCACCGCCGCGCUCGCCGAGCUGCUCAAGUCGUACCCGUCCGACUCGUUCGAGGCCAUCAUGCGCUACUGCGCCAUCAACACCGAGACCAACGCCUUCGUCUCGCUGCCGCUGCCCCCCGGCGAGCCCGUGCCGCCGCCCAACGUCCAGUUCGCCUGGCUGCCGCGCAUCCGCUGCCGCGACUGCCCCGGCAAGUCCUACACCGCCGGGCCCGACAUGACGGUGCAGAACUUCGAGGUCCACCUCAAGAACCGCGUGCACAGGGAGCGCGUCGCCGCGCGGCUGAAGAAGGCCCAGAGCGGCGGGCAGGGUUAGGCUGUCUCGCCUUUGCUUGGUUGCCCUUGAGGGUGUGACGGUGAGUGGUGAGCUUGGGUUAGGAGUUGGGUUGGGUAAGAGUGUGGUUAUUCUCAUUUUGCCUGGGC